UAAGCCGGUCUUCCAUUUUGUAUCGAUGUGUGAAAAUUUAGGAAUCUUGGGUACCAUUGAGGAAAUUCGAUACACUUCAGGUCUCAUCCAUCAAGAUGUUUCGCAAGAAGAGUGUAAAGGGUGAUGUUCAUACAGAGUAUCAAUGUUCAAUUCGGUUUCUGGACGACUCGGAACCCCUCAGUCUAAGUUUUAAGAAGGACACCCAUGGACAAGAACUGUUUGAUCAAGUGUGUAAUAAACUGAACUUGGUGGAAAAGGAUUACUUUGGCCUGAGAUACGUAGAAGAUAAACAAAGGCAUUGGCUGGAUCCUUUAAAAUCGGUGUACAAACAGCUGAAAGGUGUAAAUCCAUGUGUUUUGUGUUUUCGAGUGAAGUUUUACCCUUCAGAUCCUUCCAAGUUACAUGAAGAAAUAACCAGAUACUACUUGUUCCUACAACUGAGACGUGACCUACACCAUGGCCGCCUGCUCUGUUCACAGGCUGAUGCUCUCAUUCUGGCAGCCUACAUUAUCCAAUCUGAGGUGGGGGAUUACCACCCAGAGGAUCACCCCCCAGGCUACGUGUCUGAGUUCAAGAUGCUACCAAAACAGAAUGCCAAAAUGGAGGAAGAAAUCAUGGAAAUUCACAAGACCCUAGCAGGACAGGUACCAGCAGAAGCGGAGGCCAAUUUCCUGAAGAAGGCAGCCACCCUAGACACGUACGGGGUGGAUCCACAUCAGGUCAAGGAUCAGAAGGGUGUUUCUCUGUAUCUUGGUGUCACACAUCAAGGCAUUAUGACCUUUCAUGGAAGUCGCCGGACACAGCUGUACAAAUGGAGCCAAAUUAAGAAGAUGCCUACAUAUGAAGGAAAGACAUUCAUUUUACAUGUCAGUGUUGCAGAGGAUGAAGACCAAACAAAUAAUAAAAAGCAUAACCUUUCAUUUAUAUGUACGGGACCCAUUGAAAAGCAGAAACCAAUAGGUUACAAAUGUGAUACCCUGGCUGCUUGCAAAUAUCUCUGGAAGUGUGCUGUAGAGCAGCAGUUGUUCUUCACGUUACAGAACUCAGCCCAUCCACCCAAGCUACGAUCAGGACACAGUUUGUUCUCCAGGGGCUCAAAGUUUAGAUUCAGUGGAAGAUGUCAAAAUGAGGCUUUUGCUGCCAGUGAGGAGAUCAAGAGAAAUGAACCCAAUUUUAACAGAACCUCUUCCUUGCCAAACUAUGGUAGAAAACCAGACAGCAAGUAUUCUCCAAACAAACAUAAAUCUAUGACACUUGAGAUUCCAAUUAAGGAGGAUAAAAGAAAAUACAGGGUUAACAAGGGGUUACGCAGGGAGUCUGCUGUGGAUGUACCCAGUAAAGAACCAAGUAUAAAGGCAGACAUUGUACAAGCCCCUGUAACAGCCCCUGUCGCAGCCCCUGUAGCUACCCCAGAGGACUCCGUGGUGUCUGAAGUGGUGGAACCAGAGAAAAUUACUGCCACAGAAACAGAACCUCUGAAACAAAAUGGCAGUCUGCCAGCUACGGUUCUCAACCCUCAAAGUGAUGAGAUGCCCCCCUAUGAGCCUAACCAUACAGUGAUUGAGGAGCAGUCCCCAGUCAAGGAGGGUCAAGGUCGUCAGGAGAUUUCAGACAGUGAUGAGGAUGAGGAGGAGGUAGUGAAGCCCAGCCUAGAGGAUCAGAUCAAGGAUUUGGAGGAAGAGAUUGAGAGGAAGAGUAGCUUCUCUGGAUCUUAUCAGCCUGAGGCUGAAGUACAGGAAGAAGCAGUCCUCACCACAGUGCCCAAAUCCAGCAAUAACAUCCUGUCAGCACCACUCACACAGAAUCACGUGGGUAACUCCACAAAGAGCACCGCGGUGGAGACCACCAGCACGGGAGGUGGCUGCUGUAGGAUGUUCCUCUUUACUUUCUUUUUUGUGUUUCUCACCCUAACAGUCACAGCCAUUACUCUGUUGAGUUCUAACUUAGACCAUCCAUUGCUAACUCAACUCAGACAGCACCUGCAGUUUGUCAAUCCUGUCAGAGAUUAUGUCAUGGACAGAAUUAAUUCUUUCUUGUCCUAGGUUGUAGGAACUUUGGAGAUUUUUGCUAAUUCACACAUUGUUCACCACAGAGAGAGCUAAUGUGAUGAACUAUUCUACUUUUUGGUAGUGGGACUUUGUCUAUAAGACAAGAGAUUACAUAUCUAAAUUUAUGGAAUAUAUAUGUGUAGGUACAUAAACUGCAAAUAAAAUGGAAGAAAUAUUGCUCCAUAAUAGAAACAUUUCAUUUAUUUUUAUGUUUAAAACAUUUACUCCACUACUACAUUUGUUGUUUUUAAAACGCUUUUUUGCAUUUUUUGUUCAUUUUUUUUACAAUCAUGUAUGUUGAAUCUUUUAUGUGAAAAAAGUGGAUUAUAACAUUUGAAGAGGGAAAGGUGUAAAAAUGACACUUCAGUAAAGUGAACUUUAAAGUAUUGCUAUUUUUAGAAAGGGUUGAGAACGGCAGCUAAAGCUUAUGAUUGAACUAUCUUGUGUUACAUUCAUAUCUUUUGAAUUUUUUUGUUAUGUCUUUGUUAUCUUCUCUAGAAUCUGAGCUUUAAUCAUUUCUAACUUUCAGCUUUUAAAUCUAUAAACUUUCAGUUUUUUUAUUCUCACAAACUAAAAGCUUUCUUAAUCUCACUCAGUUAGUUUCUCAGUGUGUAUUUCAAGGUCUCAUUUUUUUUCAUAAGGUCUCACUGAGCUUAUAUAUGCUUUUAUAUGCAUUUUCCUUGCUGUCUGCAUUCAUUUUUUAGCCCUUUGUCUCUCUUGGGUAAGAAAAAUACUGUAUCUAUUAAAAUUUUUGAAAAUAGUGACUUAGCAGAAUUUUUUUCAUUUGUCUACAUAGAAAAAUAUAUUUCUAUUUAUAUCAUUAUGCUUAAUCAACAUUUUUGUUAUUUGUGUUUUAUGAAAUAUUUUAAACCAUCGCUAUAUGUUACGUGUACAUUUUAAAGUAAUAUAUUAUAACUUUUAAAACUUUAUAUUUUAUUGUACUGUUUUUUGCAAGCUGGACCAAUUUUUUUUUCUUGUGAUUUAUAUUUUACUUGUGUUUUCCUUUCGUACAUAUUUUUACUAGUCUCUUGAAGGUGCAUUAAUUGAAAAAUUAAUUUGAAAAAAUUAAGCUAUAAAAUAAAUUCGAUUGUAGUAUUUACAAUAGUUUUUAAUUCAGUAUACAUGUACAGGCAUUCAAAAUAUAUUAAAGGGUGUGUCAUCUUGAUCUUUGGGUAAAAUAAUGAAGUUACAAAAAAAAACAAACAAAUGACAAGUUCAGAGGGGAAUUGCAGCAUUUUCAUCAUUUAGAUAUAAACAUUUCUAUUUCAUAUUUUUUCUGUUAUAACCAUGUACAAAAAAAUCAGUAUGUACUGUAAUAGACUGACAAUAAUGACUUAUGUUUUCUGGUCAGUAAAGGCAUUAUGGGCAUUUUGAAGUUGAUCACUUACCCCAAACAAAUGGCCUGUCUUUUCAUGAAAAGAUUUAUUAUUGUUGGGCUAACUACUAAAUUAAGGACUUUAUAACAGAAAUCCUUGUAAAACCACUCAUGACUGUGUCAAAUUAGCAGUCUUUUAUCAUCUUUUGGAUCUAAGGAAAAGACAGUAUUAUUCCAGGAAAAUCUCACGGAUUGUAGUUAAGUUUCCAAAUGGGGAGGAAUUUUUGCUCUCAACAUUAAUGUAAUUAUAUUACAUGUUGUAGUAAACAAAAAGACAUUGGAUUUCUCAGAUUCAAAAAAAGGAAUGCCAAUAUUUUUUUUAUACUUUUUGUGUACAAAGAGAAUAGAAUAGAAAAUUUGUGUUUUUUCUUUGAUUGUUCUGCAUGCAUGUAUAAUAAAUUUAUUAUUGUAUGUUAGUUUUGUGCAAUAAAUUUCACUACAAGCAGUGAUGUGAUUAAGUAAAUUUUGGCCAUGAUUUAUUUGAAAGACAUUUCCAAAAAAAAUUUUCGCACUGUUCAACAGUAAGGUUACACUAAAGAUAAUAACUUGAUUGAAUUCAUUAAUAGAAUCAAACAGAAAUUUAAGCCAAAAGAAAAAAAAAAAUCAAAAUUACAGUAACAAGAAGAAAACAACAACAACACACAGAUCUGUUCACUGAGUAAGCAAAUUGAUAUGUUCUUUUUAAUGUGUACGAAACAGAAUGAGUGGGUAAAUUAUAAUGUAUUUUAAACAAACUCUCAUUGUUUUUAAUGUUGAUAAAGUCAGAAAAUAUGUAACUUAAUGUAGCCUUUUUUAUAUAAUUUUGUUUGCCCUUUUUCUGUGUUCAUGUGAAUGUAUUUCUCUGCUUUCUGCAGUACAUAACAUCAGCUGGGUUUUCUUUUUUCGCCUUUGUAAGGAUUUUCGUUUUCUGUUAGUAUUUUUCAUAGCUUUUCCUGUACUUAGUUUUUUAAGUGUGUUUGUGAAAAAAGCUACAAAAAUAUACAAGAGAUAACCAUUGCAUGGUGUGGGGAACCAUAUUUUGAAGUCAGUUAUGGAUCUCUGUAUUGUCAGAAAACAGGAAGACAAUGCUGAACAGCAAACACAGAAAGGCCAGUCUGAGAACACAUGGUAUGGAUGGGCACUCAGCCAAAAUGACAACUGUCAUGGAGUUGUUUCUCUGACCUAGUUUAUUGCAGAAAGCACUGAAGAAAGUGAGUUAGGCCUGUCUUAUUUUAUGUAAAACCAGGGCAUUCAUUGGACUAAUUUUUAUGUGAUAGUAGAUACAGAUUAAAGUAAAAUGCUUACUAAAAUGGAAGGCAUAAUAUGAAUGCAAGGAGGUUCAGACAUUUUUUUUCAUUCUUCAUGCUUUGUCCUGAACAAAUUCACACAUAACAUAGACCAUGUAUGAUUUUUAGUAUUGGUUGUGGACCAGAUAUAGUUGUCCUAUAAUGAUAUUGACUGUAUAGGUAUUUUACAGCUCUGAAGGACUUAGUGAUUCUGAGGGUCAAAGCUGCGGUUUUUUUUCUUUAUACAGAGAUAUUCAGAGGACCAUUUGGUACUCAUUACUUGACAUAAUUUUUUUUGUAAAACUGUAGAAUGCAUUUUAUUCAUUUAUGACACUAACCUUUAUUUAAAUUUUUAAGUCCUUAGUGUAAUAAUAUAUCUGUAUUAUUAUUACAUGUACAUUAUAAUAUAUAUAAAAAAAAUUAUACAUAAGCUUUCUAAAAUUUUAUUUUGUACUAGUGGCUUAAAUUAUAUUCAUAACCUGAACAAAAUUUUGACCUAUGAACAUAUACCACAACAUUCUCUGCGAUGUAAAACUACUUUAUUAAACUGAAUAGUGUUCAAAAAGAUGAUAUUUUAUCAACUCUGGCUGCAUGUUGUUUAGAAGUGUACCAUCACUUGUUUAUACAAAUGUCUGUGAUUUUUCACUCCAAUGUAAGAAUAUUUUGUUGCAGUAGGUAGUUUGGUCUGAGAUCAGCCGUGAUAUGGAAUUGGAAAUUUUGACCAUUUAGUUGUAUUGUUUUUUGUUUGCAUCAACUUGAAUAAAAUGCAGAAUUAAU